AUGGGAGUUGCUGAGCCGUGCUGCUGCAGCGCCAAGUACUACUACUACAACUACUCGCCCCUGGGAGACAACUUGGCAGCAUCAAAAGAGGCUGCAGCGAGGAAAGCCGCCUCCCCGAUGCCACCGUCCGAGUUUCUGGACAAACUCAUGGGCAAAGUUUCGGGUUACGAUGCCAGAAUCCGACCAAAUUUUAAAGUGUACAACAAAGACCCCAAAGGCUCCAAAAAUGAAGCUACUCACAAGAAAGGUCCACCCGUAAACGUAACCUGCAACAUUUUUAUCAACAGUUUCGGGUCCAUUGCUGAAACAACAAUGGUCUCCCCGGCAAUAACGCUGGUCCUGGCCUGUCCCAUGGAUCUGAAGAACUUCCCAAUGGACGUCCAGACGUGCAUCAUGCAGCUGGAGAGCUUCGGCUACACCAUGAACGACCUCAUAUUCGAGUGGGAUGAGAAGGGAGCCGUGCAGGUGGCCGACGGCCUGACGCUACCUCAGUUCAUACUAAAGGAGGAGAAGGACCUGCGCUACUGCACCAAGCACUACAACACAGGUAAAUUCACCUGCAUCGAGGCUCGCUUCCACCUGGAGCGUCAGAUGGGUUACUACCUGAUCCAGAUGUACAUCCCCUCGCUGCUCAUCGUCAUCCUGUCCUGGGUGUCCUUCUGGAUCAACAUGGACGCUGCUCCCGCCCGGGUGGGUCUGGGCAUCACCACUGUGCUGACCAUGACCACGCAGAGCUCCGGUUCCAGAGCCUCCCUGCCCAAGGUGUCCUACGUAAAAGCCAUCGAUAUCUGGAUGGCCGUAUGCCUGCUGUUCGUGUUCUCGGCUCUGCUGGAGUACGCCGCCGUCAACUUCAUCGCCCGCCAGCACAAGGAGCUGCUGCGCUUCAGACGGAGGCGACGACACAUGAAGGAGGAUGAGACGGGUGAGGGGCGUUUCAGCUUCCCCGGCUACGGCAUGGGCCCCGCCUGCCUGCAGGCCAAGGACGGCAUGGCCAUCAAAGGCAACAACAACAACGCUCCGGCCUCGGCCGCGCCCGAGAAGAGCAUCGAGGAGAUGAAGAAGUUGUUCAUCAGUCGGGCCAAGCGCAUUGACACGGUGUCCCGCGUGGCCUUCCCGCUCGUCUUCCUCAUUUUUAACAUUUUCUACUGGAUCACUUACAAGAUCAUCCGCAGCGAGGACAUCCACAAGCAGUAG